AACAUAUUUUGCACCAAAAUAUUGUAAACUUUUUCUCCACCACAAAACUGGUUAAAAGGAUUGGUGUGAAUAAAUCAAUAUGACAUUGACCCAGUUACCACCAGUCAUAAUCAAUAAAUUCACAGAUAACUGUCAAAAAGAAAUGGAGAUUAUCUUUACCUGUGUUAAAAAAUGUUUAAAAUGGUAUUAAUCUUUUAAACUGGACUACCCGGUACAUCUUAAAGUCACAAGUUACAAUCUUUAAACAAAAGGAAAUAAGAACUUAAACUUGAACAAACAAGGAAGUAAGCAUUAUCAUUUUGUUGAAUGAACAAGGUAUAUCAAUCAGUGCAUGUUAACAAAACCUAGAAACAUUUUUAAAAAUGUCUGAUGAUCAGUAUUACGCAUCUCAGGAUUCAGUAGUACUGAACUGUGAUCCGUGUCAGUUUGAGGGAAUACAGAAAGAUGCUAGAGCAUUCUGCCAGGAAUGUAAUGAAUUUUUAUGUAACCAAUGUCUACAGUUUCAUCGGAAAUUUCAGGCAUUCAGACAUCAUUUCAUUCUUCAAGGAGAUUCUAUGCCUAGAACCAGAGAGGAAACCAAACCGAAGUUGGCACUCAAGCUUUGCAAUGACCACAGGAUGAAUGAAGUGCAAUUUUACUGUAGCACACAUAAAUCUGUGUUAUGUACCUUAUGCAAAAUGACAAAACAUUCAACUUGUGACUGUAAACUGAUUGAUGAUAUCUGUGAAAAAGAUGAUCAAGCUGAGUUUUACAAUGCAGUUAAGGAAAUUGAAGGCAUCAAGACUGAAUUUGAAGAGCUUAAAAGUGUUCAAAUAGAGGUAAUUGAUUCUACAGUAGCCAACUCAACAAGUCAGAGAGCACAGCUAGAUUCUGUUAGGAAAGAAAUGAAUGAAUACUUUGACAAACUGGAAAAUGAAAUCAAAGAAGGAGAAAUUCAGGAGAAGUCUUAUGUUAAAGAACUCAGAGAAAAUGUUGCCAUGUACAAUGAUGUAAUAAACAAUUUGGCCUCUCUUCAGGAGCAUACUGAUCAUGUUUCAAAAUCAAAUGACAAAGUUGCCAUCUUUGCAGCUAAAUCUAAACUGGAAAAGAUCCAUUUAGAAUAUACCACAGUUAAGAAUACCAUUACCCUCAAACCAAGCACAAGGAAAUCACGGGAAGUUAUGCAGAAGAUACUGACAGUGAAAGAACUGUGUGACAACAUUAAAAAGAAAAUUAAUAUAAAAACAUCUGAAGAGAAGAAUGUAGAAGAAAUAGAAAAUAAAGAUGCAGGAAUCAGUAUGAAUGAAACUGAAGACAACCACAGACAGUACAGUGACAACUCUAAAGAAGCCACCAGCACUAAUGACAAAGAUAAGGAAACAAAUGAAAAUAAACCAGCUGAAAAUGAUGUGUCAAUACAGCAAGAUCUUCUAGAGGAAAAACUGAGUCUUCCAACAAAUGCCACUGCAAGAAAGAAACCUGAAUCACAAAAGCAAGAUAUGUUAUUUGAAAAUUUAAGAAUCAAGAACAUAUGCUAUAAACAUAUUAACUUUGGAAUGAGCGAAUCUGCUUCUGAUAUAACUGGUUCCCUGUUUCUACCAGGAGGUUCUCUUAUUUUAUGUGAUCAUGCCAAUUCAAAGUUGAUCCUUCUAGACAAAGAAUUCCAGCUGCUUCAUCAACUCUACUUUAAAGGUAAUCUUUGGGAUGCUGCUCUUGUCAAUGCAAAUGAAAUCCUAGUAACUCUGAAAUCUAAGAAGCUACUGCAAUAUAUCAAGGUCGAGUCUGGGAAGUUACAUGAGGCAAUGCAUAUAAAUCUAAAAAGGGUGCCCUGGGGUAUUGCUGUUUAUAAGAAUAACAUACUAGUAACAUUCCACAACAACCCAGGAAAUGGCUUUAUUGAGGUCCGUGACAGACAAGGUAAAAUUUUACGGCAUGUAACUGUUGACGAGAAUGGGGACGAACUUUUUAAUUCCCCUUACUAUGUAGCUGUGAAUCAACAUAAUGGUGACAUUUAUGUAACCGAUGGUAGAAAACAUAGUCUUACCUGUUUGACAUUUGAAGGUAAACCUUUGUACAAAAUAGAAAGUGAGGAAUUGAAAUGGCCAAGGAAAGUGACCCUUGAUGAUCAAGGUAACUGCUUAUUGUGUGCAAGCAUGGCAAAUAAGAUACUGCUGAUAAAGAACAAAUCAAAAUCUCCACUUCAAUCAAAGGAGGAGAAAAAUGAAUACAGUGUGUUGCUGAAUAAAUGCCAUCGACCUCAAACUGUCUCUAUUAGGUGGGAAGAUCAAACAAUGAUUGUUGGCCUUAAUGCGAACAGCAUGAUGCUAGUGCUCAAAUAACUGUGUAAAUAAUUGUGGUAAAGGUGGUAAAUUAGGUUCUGAUCAAGUAGUGAUAUGGUCAAAUGUAUGCUUAUGUGUAGUCACUGACUGUUUAAUUAAGAAAUAAUUUAUAGCAAAAGAGUGUUUUAACACUAUUUAUGCAUGAUGGGCGGUUACACAUUGGGCGUAAUAAUAUUUAUAAAUUAUUUGUACGAUGUAUUACCGUCAGAGUGCAUAAACAGUGAUAAAACAUGGUUUUGGUAUAAAUUAUUUCGAUUCUAAUGUGCCCUUAAUCUAAAACGGUAGAUAAAAUCACCGCACAUUAACAUGACGUCAUUCUAGCGUAAGCUUGUUUUAACAGAGACAAGCAUAUUAGUAUAUAUGUUAAAAUAUUGUAUUUUUAGAUUUUGAUUUUUCUAUGGUGGCUGCCAAAUCAAGAUAAUGUUACUUUAGCAUUGUAGUAAAUUUAAUAAACAUUAUGUGACUUUGUCUAUGAAAUCACAUGAAUAUAAUAACUACUGUAUUAGAUUCAUUAUUUGUCAAAUAUUUACAUUAACAAAUAUUCAUUUAGCCAAAAUUCAGUAGAAAUGUAAGUUAGUAAAAUUCUUAUUACCUCCCUUUACAUAUCUUGUGUGCGCAACCAGGAUGGAUUGGAAAUAAAUUAAUCUCGAAGCUACACACUGUUUUAAAACUUGCCUGUUGCUUCAGAUUUUUGAAACAUUCCAAUAUCUAUCAAAUGCAAAUUUAGAAAUUAUACUUAAAUCAAAAGCAAAGUACACUUUUUUUUAAUACUUUCAUAUUAAAGGGGAAUAACUACAAAAUUUCAUAAAAAAUGAUUAAACAUACAUUUCUAUUCGGGAUCUACCUCUAUGAAAUAGGUAUUUUUGGUCCUUAAAUAAAUCUCUGAUAGAAUACACUAAAAAAGAAAACUGUCAUAUUAAAAUGUUGCUCAAAUGUGACUGACCACCUUUAAUAUUGGUUGUUGUAAAAAUGUUGUAAAUAAUGGUUGUUGUAAAAAUGGUGUAAGUAAUUGUGUUAAUAUUAACAGUUUUGUAAAAAAUAGUGUAAAUAAUGGUUGUUGUCAAAAAUGGUGUAAAUAAUGGUUGUUGUAAAAAUGGUGACAUAAUGUUGUAAAGAAUGGUUGUUGUAAAAAUGGUGUAAGUAAUUGUGUUAAUAAUAGCUGUUGUAAAAAUCGUGUAAAUAAUAGUUGAUGUAAGAAUGGUGCAAAUAAUGGUUGUUGUAAAAAUGGUGUAAAUAAUGUUUGUUGUAGAAAAUGGUGUAAAUAAUGUUUUUGUAAAAGGUAGUUUGUUGAUUGUAAAGUUGUACCCACACAAUUCAGGUUUAAUGAAUUUUAAUGUAUUAACUGACCACAGAAGGUCCCCAAUAUCCCCCCUGGCAUAAUUUUUAGCAUCGGUACAUCCUUUGCAAAACCAACAAUCUUCUAGCUGGCUAGAUGGCUUCCUCAUAUACCUACCUGACAAAAGAUACAAGAAAAUAUUACAUAAGAAAUGUGAUGUAAGAGAUGUU